AUGAGGAGACCGAUAUUCGAAUGCCCUCAGCGGCGCUUGGUCGAGCUCUUAGUCUUGGCGUCAGCAGCAACAGCAGCAACAAUCAGCGUCGGAAGCACACCACUCAGCCUGUCUAAUUUCCAGCUGAUUACAGAGCUCUCCGUCCCGCUGGGUUGCCUUUUGUCAUAUAACAACCCCAUCGAAGGAUGCGAAGCCACCGACUUUGGUAGCACGGGAACGUGCUCCCAGAAAUGCAGAAAUGGCCUGACUCGCAUGCAAAGUAAUCUCCAGGACGUUUGUCAGUCUGUUCAAGUACAGGUCAACACGAUACUUGGCCAAGCUCUGUCCGGAAACCUGGUAAACUUGCUCUGCGGCGCACUCAACCAACAGACGUCAUCGGCAGUGCAGACGAUAUCUACCACAACGAUAAUCAUUCUGCCUUCAACAACCGCCAUUGCUCCUCCUCCACCCCCGCCUCCGCCGGCUACGACGUCUGUCGCUCCACCGCCGCCGCCACCAACGACAUCAUUAUCAACAUCAACGCCUAUUAUACUGCCGCCGUCGAGCCAGGCGCCUCUGCCUCCGGCAACCACAGCGAUACCGCCAGUAUCUAGUCAGGCGCCCCCUAUCAUACCUCCCACCACUAUUGUCACUUCAACGACAACGACUGAGAACCAGGCCUCACCGCAAAGCACCUCUUCAGCCCCGGUGAACCCUCUCGAUGCUUUGCUCAUGAACGGCGGUAUGGUCAGCAAACCAAGAGGUCGUAUCGCGUGGGGCCUACCAGUCCUUGCCGUUGUCAUGCAUGGAAUUAUUUGA